AUGAUGCAGGUGAUUAAAGACGAGAAUGAACUCAAUACACUUUUGAAAGGUGCCGGAUGCAAACUUGUGGUGGUUGAAUUUUCAGCAAAAUGGUGUGGUCCUUGCAAAAGGAUUUGUCCCCUUGUUCAUGAGUUGGCCCAAACUUAUCAAAUCCGAGUAGUACCCACAUUUCAGCUGUUCAAGCAAGCCCAGAAGGCCUCCAUUCACUGGCAAAGAAACACUGUCCAGUAG